GUAGGGUCUCAUUAAAUUUAAAAAUACCUGCCAAAAGUGCACCUUGCAAAAGGUCAACCAGCAGUAGAAAGGAGAACCAGAAUGAUUCUGAAGCUACUUUUCUUUGUCCUCUUCCUAUUUGAAUGCCAAUGUCGAGUGGUGAGACCUCACCAGAACUGUGUAAAUAAUGUCUGUUACUUUGAUUUUAACGUUGACUACAAGUUCACCAUGAUGUGGUACAACUACACAAAUAUUCUCAGUCCGGAGUUUUAUCCUGUUUUAAUGAAAGACGGAAUACUUCAAAGGCGGAUUACAAGUAAUGAAUGUGGAGAUACAUUCGUUCCAUUAACCAUAGAAGAAUUCAAACAAAAUGUCAGUCCUGGAGAUGGAAAUUACAGAAUGGUAUACGCUAUCAAUGGUCAGAUUCCCGGACCAGAUGUUGUUGUCUUUGAGGACCAAAUCGUCUCUGUUCGUGUGCACAAUCAUCUGAAAAUUGAAACGGUGACUAUUCACUGGCAUGGCAUGGUUCACAGAGGUACACCGUUUAUGGACGGCGUAGAUAUGAUAACCCAGUGUCCCAUUUUACCAGGACAAACAUUUGAGUACAGAUUUGUUGCCACUCCUGUUGGCACUCACUGGUAUCAUGCACACACCAAUAGCAUGAGAAAUGACGGAUUGGCAGGUGCCCUUAUUGUAUUGCCUAGAAUUAGACCACCUAUUAUGUUUCCGCAUGAUCCCAUACCUGAUGUGGAUGCAGAAUUUUCAGUAAUCGUGCAGGACUGGACUAAAAAGGCGACAUUAGAAAAGUUUUAUCCUAAGGGGGGAUUGGGACUUUUGGAUGAAUAUGAUGGAACAUGUCUGCCACAAGUUGUGCGUCCAGACGGAUCUUCUAAUAGAUUCCAAUUACACGUGGGCCUUGUAAAUGGUCUUGGAAGAAGAUACAUAAAUAACGAUCCAAAUUUUCCAGAAAAGCCUUAUAUUCCUUUGGAGACUUUCACCGUAACACAGAACCGUUAUUACCGGUUCAGGGUGACUAACGUAGGCAUCGUGUCAGCAUUUGAAAUUUCCAUAGACGAUCAUACACUCAUGAUUGUUGCUUUCGACGGAAAUGACGUAGUGCCAUUCAAAGCUGAUGUCGUCACCAUAUCUCCGGCUGAGAGGGUUGAUUUCAUUGUAUUUGCUGGACGUCCGAUAAAUAAUUACCAUAUCAACUUUAUAACUGCCUCGACGAAAUGUUCAACAGGGGAAGAGUUAACCAACAGACAACGUACGUACGGAGUCCUAAAUUAUGUUGGUAUUGAUAAGUAUCUUCCUCCAAUGAUCCGUCCAAGACAAUGUACAAAUUUUAUGCCGUGUGUUGUACUUAAUCAAGUUUAUGGAGUUUACCCAGUAAACCAACACACAAUAAGUGUACCGGUUACAAGUCUUAAGCCAACUCCUUUGGUCCUUAAGAAAAAUCCAGUCCCGCGUGUUGGGCCAGGAGUUACCAAACAGUUGUUUUUCCUUAAUUUCUUUCUCUUAGAGGGAAGACCAGUUAUUAAUAACAUUAAAUUUCGCAUGCCAACUUCCGCACUACAGACCUACCCAGGUCCAGAAGCUAUUGUUCCUUGUGGACCUGACACUUGUAAUGCAAAGGGUUGUAGAUGCACACAUAUGCUGAAACUCGGAUUAGGAAAUAUAAUCGAUUUCGUCCUUUUCUCUUUUAGUGAUGUUAAAGCUGCCCAUCCAGUUCAUUUACAUGGGCAUCAUUUUCAUGUCCUUAAAAUCGGAUACCCGCCAUAUGAUUUCAUUACCGGAAAUACCACUGCACGAAAUCCGGAUAUAACAUGUUUAGACGAGCCUUGUACAAGAGCAACAUGGACGAAUCCCACGUGGAAUACUGGAAAUAUCCCUGGCUUAAACUUAGUGAAUCCCAUUGUUAGAGAUACAGUCGUUGUUCCUGCAAACGGUUACGUCAUAAUAAGACUAAAAGCUGAUAAUCCUGGUUUUUGGUUUAUGCACUGCCAUUACGGACAUCAUCAAACGCAAGGCAUGAACUUGGUCAUGCAGGAGGGUGAUAUUAAGGACAUGCCCCAAAUUCCCCCAAAUUUUCCUACAUGUAAUAACUUCCAGGUUCACCCGGAACAAUGGUUGAUGUCCCUGAAGAGAGAAGAGGCGAAACGAAAGUCAUUGGGUUGCGACUAUUAAAAUCGGAAAAUAAUAAAAGUCCAUGUAUGUGUGAAAAUAAAAAAAAAUGCUUUUUUACAAUAUACAUUGUAAAAGAUAAUUUUCCUAGUAAUGUUUGGGUGAAUUUGAAUUUUCAUGCAUUUUUAGCUGUAAUUGGCUUGGAGGUGGUCCCAUGUAAUAAAAAUACAAUUAUGUAAUAAUUAUAUUACUGUUUGUUUAUGAGAGAUAAAAUUCUCCGUUAAAAUUACAUUGAAAUGAGUUCUUUUAUUACAA